UUCAGAAUAUCUGCUCUGAAGAAGAAGAAUAAAAACAAAACAAAAACGACAAAAAUGGAGGAAAAACGAGCCCAGCGUCGAGCGUAUGUCGUCGACAUGUACGACCAGGGCCAUCGAUAUAAACACGUGAUCGUCAAACUCUGCCAUCUCGUCAACAAUGGAAGCGAUGCCAUUUCGGAACACCACGUGAUGUUGCUGGCGCCUUCGUCAGACGAUUUCAAAAACAUCAUCGGAAAACCGGAACUACGAGACGUGGAUGGAGUGUUCGUUAACCCCAUAUGUGUGGAGAACAAGAUAGAGGCAUUUUACGAAGCCAAGGAGCAAAUUGACGAUCAGAAAAUCAACCGGAUUGUCUUGGUGUGUUCUACGGAACAGAGCGGCUACUGGAAGCAACUCAGCGAGAUAUUCUUCACGAAGAUCUACCGGAUUUCCGUGGAAAUGGUGGGUGACGGAGGCAUGGAGAUGACAGCGACCUAUGGCUUCCACAACGAGGUGGAACAGUUCCUUAAGAGUCUUCCUUCAAAUGGCCCUGUUGAAGUCCUGUGUACUCCUAUUAUUCCCAACAACAUUUUCAACCACGGGUUCACCACUAGAACUGGCGGGAUUUCCUCCAUCCCUUCCCUGAGGUCUCUCAACCUGAUGUACGCCAAACGCAAACAGGACCCGAUGGUUGUUAUCAAAGAAAACAGGCGACGCCUGGCGGAGGCGGCGGGCUUUAACCCCUUCAACUUCCAACUGGUCAAGGCCGAGCACUCGAACCGUGUCUGGACAAUCGGGCGAGAUGCGCCCUCUGGCUACGACGCCAUCGUGACGAAACAUCGCGGAUUGGCGAUUGCCUCCCCUGGCGCCGACUGCGUCACGGUGAUUUUCGCAGACCCCGUGAACAUGGUGUGCGGCACUGCGCAUGCGGGGUGGCGCGGAACCUUAAAGGGAAUAACGCGGGAGACAAUCCGCGCCAUGGUGAAAGAUUUUGGCUGCGACGUUAGAAAUAUCUGGCCCAACCAUGUCUGGAGACGAUGUGUUUGCCGUUCAACCCGGAAGACGCAAAACCCUUUGAGCAGAUUGAUCCGUCGACCGUGGUGUCAAAACCGGGUGACCCGAAAGUCUAUAGACUUGCUGAAGGUCAACAGGAUUUUGCUGGAGCGAGAGGGAGUUUUGGCUGGAAAUAUCGACGACACGUCUGCUUCCAAGUGCACUGCGUGCAACCCUGGUCAGUUCUUCUCCUUCAGGAGAGAUAAGUUCCCCUUUGGGAAUCAAGUGGCUUUUAUCUGUAUUCGAGAAUGAACUCCCAGACUGCAGUUAGCAAGCACCACGAGAUAUCUCGUCACCAUCAGCCAUGCUAACACUACAUGGUCUACUGGUCCUGAACCUAAUGGGAGUUAAUCGUCAUUCCCCGUGAUAGGUAACAAAAGGCGUUCUGGAUUUCAAAUUCCCACACGAUGACAGAAUUAAGAUUGCAGGCUCAAAGUUCCAAUUUUACAGUUAUUUAAACUUAAUGUUUCAGAAUUCCAUUUUUCUUCUAAAUCCAAGUUUCUUAUACUAGUUAUUAGUCUUUAUACAUGACACCGUCUAAACCCAACAGUUUCUUAUACUAGUUAUUAGUCUUUAUACAUGACACCGUCUAUCUUUUCAUUUUUAUUUUAAUAUUAAGUUUUGAUUCCGAAUUACGUUACAGAAUUGUGAUGAUGAUGUAAUAAUCGUCUUGCUAAUUUCUAACUACGGUUCAAACACGCUUCCCUGGACACGUAACUUGGUUGUUUUUGGUUGUGACAGAAAGGAAACCCGUUGCUGUCAUAUGGGCUAUCAAUACCGAUUAGCCACAAAAAAAAGCCACAACCUUUUAGUGUAUUUUGCCACACCACGGCUGAUUAUGUACCAUUUGAUAAGAAUAGUAAUGUCGACAGUGUUAGCUCUUCACGUUGUCAACCAAAGUCAACUACCCUGAUGUUAAAUGGAGCCAGUGGUACAUAAAGAUAUGGCUAAAAACAUUUUGCCAGAAAAUUUCACAUUUAUUUUAUUCUGAAAAGUGCUUUAUUCAACCAGAAAUAAUGAGAUAGACGUGACAUCUUACCUGUAAUUGAUAUGUUGACACACAUAUAUUUGAUUGAUUGCUAUAUAGCCAAUAAAACAGAAACACAUGACCUCGAUCAUGUUUUUGCUAAAUCUGUUUAAAGUGUUUGCCAAAUAAUUUCCGGUUGCAAGCGUAGGUUGGGGGGGGGGGGGGGGGUGCGCACCCCAUUUCCCCAAUAUGAAAUUACUAUGAAACUCCUCUGCAUACUGCAGGUUAGUGUACUUUGGAAUACCGUAGGUACUGUUUGUUAACAUUGCAAACCUUCCUUAAAAACAUCCUGCAGCCGUUUCUAUGUUGCAGUAGUUGAAGAGGUGUGGAAUGUACACAAUGUAUGUUUCAAGUCACGUAAUCCCUGGUUCAAGUAAAAUGUCGUGCGACCCGCCUUUGUUAGGGCAGACGGCGUGGGAUUCUGCCUUUAAGUUCAAUGAGAACCGGUUCUUUGACGCACCUGCAGAAAGAUAUCACUCUUUUUGUCAUUUUAACUCCACAAGAAUUGGUUGGUUAUGCUCCAUUGAUGGACUGCAUUCAUUGAUGUCUUUGUACUACCUUUAGAUAUUGUUCAGUUGUGUGCUUUCGUUGAGUUUGAACCCUUGCAGGAUCCUUAUCAGUCAGUGUUUGUGUUGCAAGAAGAUUAGUUCUCGAUCUACAAAACGUGUUCUUUUAAAAAAAAAAAAAAAAAAAAAAAACAACAACAACAACACGGUUUUCAUAUUCCAGUAACAGAGGCUAACCCGAUUUGUGCAAAUUCAGAAAUCUGGCAUACAGGUAUCAUUCCCGUGUGAUUUCUUGUUAUGUUUCGCUAGCUGAUCUGUGUUUAUUUUUAUUUUAUUUUAUUUUAUUUUUUACUCAUCAAAUUACUUAUGUAUUUUGGUGAACUUAUGCACUGAAUAUGUGUGAUAUGAUAGUGGAGAGUGUUGCACUGAAUAUUGUGAUAUGAUAGUGGAGAGUGGGGUUUUUUUGCGGAUCUUUACGGAUAUUCCGUCGUGUUUUACGUUCAAUCAGCAGUGACCUUGGUGAAUGCUGGACGCAUCUCACACCAGUGACAAUUCGUGUUUCAACGUAUGCUGUGUGGACCAAUAGGAAUUCCUCUUUGAACAAAAAACAAUUCUUUAGAUUCAUUUGAAUUUUUAUCACAGUGUGAUCUUCAAAACCAAGAAGUAUUUUCAAUAAAAUCCUAAAAGAAUAAUUAUAUUCUCUAA